GCAAUCACCCAACAGCUCUUUGCAGAGACUGACAGACCUGGAGAGAUGUCUAUUAAACGGGCUCCGGACCAGCUGAUAUUCUAUGUGAAUGGAAGAAAGAUAGUAGAAUGUAAUGCAGAUCCUGAAGUUAUGCUGCUUCCCUACUUGAGAAAGAACUUACGCCUUACAGGCACAAAGUAUGGCUGCGGCGGAGGGGGCUGCGGUGCCUGCACGGUUAUGGUGUCCACCAUUCACCCAAUUUCCAAGAAAGUCCUACACUAUCCAGCCACAGCCUGCCUGCUCCCUAUCUGCUCCCUCCACGGGAUGGCCGUUACCACAACAGAAGGAAUAGGAAAUUCGGCAACACGGCUGCAUCCAGUCCAGGAGAGGUUAGCUAAAGCUCACGGCUCCCAGUGUGGGUUCUGCAGCCCUGGCAUGGUGAUGUCCAUGUACUCCUUACUGAGAAAUAACCCGGAACCCACCAUUGAGGACAUCCUUGCUUACUUAUCUGGAAAUCUCUGUAGGUGCACAGGCUACCGGCCGAUAUUGGAUGGUUUCAGAACUUUUGAUAAGUCCUGCUGCUUAAACAAAGUGGAGGAAGAGAAUAAGCUGCCUGAGACAAAGCAGCCCCAACUGUUCAAUGAAAAGGAUCUCUUACCUUUGGACGCAACGCAAGAGCUGAUCUUCCCACCUGAGCUGACGCUGAUGCUCAACAAUCCAAAGAAAAUGAUCCAGUAUCACGGGGAAAGGGUUACCUGGUACUCUCCGUCCACACUGGAAGAGCUUCUGGAGCUGAAGAGCAAGUUCCCCAAAGCCCCUCUUGUAGUGGGGAACACCACUGUGGGUGUUCAGAUGAAGUUUGAAGGUGUUACGCACCCUGUUCUCAUCUCUCCUGUCAGGAUCAAAGAUUUGUACGCUGUGUCUUCUAAUGACAAAGGACUCACAAUUGGCGGUGCAGUCAGUUUGGCACAGGUGAAGCAGAUUCUGGCUGAGAACGUCCCUAAUUUACCAGAAUAUAAAACAAAGAUAUUUCAUGCUUUACUGCAGCAGCUGAGCACACUGGCGGGAGAGCAGAUUAGAAGCAUGGCGUCCCUAGGAGGACACGUCAUCAGUAAGGGAGCCAUCAGUGACCUGAAUCCAGUGCUUGCAGCCGGGGGCUCCAUGCUGAACUUGGCUUCCAAAGGCGGCUCUCGUACCAUCCCCCUGAACGAUGCUUUCUUCUCUGGUGCAUCUGCUCCGAAGACAGACGAAGUCUUGAUCAGUGUUUUUAUCCGGUACUCUGAGAAGGGGGAGUUGGUCUCGGCAUUCCGGCAAGCCCAGAGAGAGGAAAAUGCUUACGCCAUUGUCAAUGCUGGAAUGAAAGUGCUGUUUAAAGACGGAACGGAUGUUGUUAAGGAAAUGGGCAUUUUCUAUGGCGGUAUCGGUCCUACAACUAUGUAUGCCAAGAACACCUGUCAUGCCCUUAUAGGGAGGCACUGGAAUGAUGAAAUGCUGGGGGAAGCCUGCAGACACGUCCUAAGUGAAAUAUCUCUCCCAGCCUCAGCUCCAGAGGGAAAGGUGGAAUACAGGAGGUCUCUGAUCGUCAGUUUUCUCUUCAAAUUCUACCUGCAGGUCCUGCAGAGCCUGAAUAAGCCUGUGACAACUUAUAUCAAGGCCCCAGAAUAUCUCAGUGCCAUCCGAGAAUUUGAGACUAGAUUUCCAAAAACAUUACAGAUCUUCCAGGAGGUUAAUGCCAACCAGCCCGCCAAGGAUCCUGUCAGACGUCCGAUCAUUCACCGUUCCGGCAUCACGCAGGCCACUGGGGAAGCCAAGUACGUGGAUGACAUGCCACCCGUGGACCAAGAGCUCUUCAUAGCAUUUGUCACCAGCACAAAAGCCCAUGCUAAGAUUGUGUCAAUAGAUGCGUCUGAUGCUCUCAAGCAGCCUGGUGUGGUUGAUGUCAUUAGGGCAAAGGAUGUUCCUGGUGUGAAUGACAUCUCAGGACAGGGUCCUUUGUUUUCAGAGGAGGAGGUGGUGUGCGUGGGAGAAAUAAUCUGUGCGGUCGUCGCAGACACCCCGGAACAUGCUAGGAGAGCAGUGACGAAAGUGAAGAUAGAGUAUAAGGAUCUGAAGCCGCUUAUUCUCAGUGUGGAGGAUGCCAUCAAGUACAACUCAUUCUUUGAACCUUCCAAACAAAUCGUACAUGGUAAUGCAGAGGAAGCUUUUAAAAAGGCUGAUCAGAUUCUUGAAGGGGAAAUUCACAUUGGAGGACAGGAACAGUUCUAUAUGGAGACCAAUUCUGUUCUCGUCGUACCAAAGGGAGAGGAAAAUGAGUUUGAUAUAUACAUUUCCACACAAGACCCCACUACAGCACAGCUUACGGUGGCGUCUGUCCUAAAUGUCCCGUCUAACAGGAUAAUGUCUCAUGUAAAGAGAGUUGGAGGAGCAUUUGGAGGCAAAAUUACCAAACCGGGCAUAUUUGCAUCUGCAGCAGCAGUGGCUGCCCAAAAAACCAAACGGCCAAUUCGCUGCGUUCUAGAGCGUGAUGAGGACAUGCUAAUGACUGCAGGUCGCCAUCCUUUCAAAGGGAUAUACAAAGUUGGAUUUAUGAAUGACGGCAAAAUAGUAGGAGCGGAUGUAUCGUUCUACACCAACGCAGGGUGCAGCCUGGAUGAGUCUAUCCUGGUUCUAGUUAUUGCUCUGAUUAAGAUGGACAAUUCGUACAGCUUCCCCAACCUUACUUGCCGCGCUAAGGCUUGCAAGACGAACCUGCCGUCUAACACCGCCUUCCGAGGCUUCGGCUUUCCUCAGACAGGGCUGGUCACAGAGACAAUAAUGGAUGCUGUGGCCGUAAAGUGCGGUCUGCCCCCCCACCAGGUCAGAGAGAAGAACAUGUACCAAGGCAUCGGCCGGACACAUUAUAAUCAGGAGUUUGACGCCACCAAUCUGACUCGGUGCUGGAAGGAGUGCAUGGAAAAGUCGUCUUACGUCGGCCGAAGAGUCCAAAUCCAAAAGUUCAACAAAGAGAACUACUGGAAGAAGCGAGGCAUCGCCAUCAUUCCCCUCAAAUUCACCGUCGGGUUUGUAGAGAAAAUGUAUCACCAGGCCUCAGCUCUGGUUCAUAUCUACAGAGAUGGGAAAGUUCUGGUCAGUCACGGAGGGGUGGAAUUGGGCCAGGGCGUAAACACAAAGGUGAUGCAGAUUGCAAGCCGGGAAUUACACAUCCCAAUAUCCUAUGUGUACAUCUCCGAGACCAGCACAGUGUCUGUACCCAAUUCCAUUCCAACUGGAGGUUCCAUCAGCACUGAUGUGUAUGGGAUGGCGGUCAAGUACGCCUGUGAGACUCUCUGGCAAAGGCUGGAACCUUUCAUCAAAAACAGCCCCAAUGGUACAUGGGAGGAGUGGGUUCUCCAAGCGUUCAGCCAGCGAGUGAGCCUUUCAGCCACUGGAUUUUACAGAGGAUAUGACACGGACAUGGACUGGGAGAAGGGAGAGGGUCAUCCUGCCCCAUAUUAUGUCUUUGGCGCAGCAUGUUCUGAGAUCGAGCUGGACUGCCUGACAGGAGGGCACAAGAACCUUCGCACGGAUAUUGUUAUGGACGUCGGAGAGAGCAUAAAUCCAGGAAUAGACAUCGGUCAGAUUGAAGGGGCAUUUACUCAGGGAUAUGGACUGUUCACACUAGAAGAGCUGUAUUACUCGCCCCAAGGUGACAUGUAUACACUCGGGCCUGAGAAGUACAAAAUCCCGGCCAUUUGUGAUGUUCCCACUGAGUUCAACGUCUCUCUCCUGGCAUCUUCUAAGAACCCCUACACCAUCUACUCCUCUAAGGGUAUUGGAGAGCCGGCCCUCUUUUUGGGGUGUUCUGUGUACUUUGCUAUAAAAGAUGCAGUGGACUCAGUUCGUGCAGAACGCGGAUUACCCAAGAUCCUCACUCUCAACAGCCCAGCGGGUCCCGAGAGAGUCCGAAUGGCCUGUGAAGACCACCUUACCAAAAUGAUCCCAAAAGAUAAAGUUGGAACAUUCACUCCGUGGUCUGUGGAUAUCACCAGAUGAGCAAGAGAGCCUCUGUAUCACCUAUUCUAGGGAGUACUGAUAUUUGUGGUGUAUAACACCGAUCUUUCUCCUUGCCUGUUACUCAAUGGCAUGAAAAGCAUACUGUAUAUACUGUAUAUACCCUCGCCCGAGUCUCAGGGAUUGGCGGAAUCAUUGGCUGAGAAGAAGGGCAAACUCUGAUGAUUGUGUCGCUUCCUAAUUUGUCUCUCUCCCCGGGGAUCCAGAUUGGCCCGCAAUGCCAAUAGUAACGUGAUGCUUCAUUAAAUCUGCUCUGCACAAUAAAAAUACAAUUUAUUAGA